UUGUGUUGAGUUUUCCGCACAGCAGCCGACCAUGGAUUAGGUGAGAUUUGUUGUGCUGUUUGAUUCGCGUUCGAAAGCAGUUUCCGUCUCUCGAUAAAAUUACUCCAAGCCGCUGAACUCUGUUGUGUGUCAGUGAAAACGCCGUCUGUUUUGCAAAAUGCAGUGUGCACCAAAUGUGCAGAAAUCGAUUGAAUUCCCGUGACGGUCUUCAAAUUGUUUUUCGCGAGAGUAAGUGCUCCGCGGCGUGCGAAGCUCUUCGUUUUCGGAGUGUCUUGUCUUUUGGAAGCAUUUUCGCCGUUCAAAGCUGGUGUAAUAUAGACUAAGGCCAAUCAUAACGAAUUCAAUUGGAUCCCAAUCAUGCAAUAAAGCGCAGGAAUGAGACAUCAUCAUCUCGGCGUAUGUAAACAAAAUCUCGUUCUGGCAAACUCAAUUAGUGCACGUGAUCGUUGGCCAAUAUAUGAGUCGAGAAAUUGAAUUAAAUUGUGUAUUGCCGCCAAACGAGUUGGCUAGUGGUGUCGGCUUGCCCUGCGUCUCCGUUUAAAUUUAGCUCGCGGUCCUCAUCUCGACUUCCUGUGUGCGUCUGUAUCAAAUUGGCAUCGUCCACGGUGAAACAACUACCGCUGCAGAUUAGAGUCGCAGAUCUUAGCCAAGCAUUAUGAUAUCUAAAUCGAUCAUCUGAGUGCAUCGGAAUCUUAUGAGACGUCAGAAACUACAACAAAGUUGGACCCGAGGACAAGCCUACCUCAGAGAGCAAAGUCAAUCAACUGACCCGGUGAUAUGGGAAAGAGCACAACAACAAAUCAGCGGUGUUCUCAUGCUUCAAUUAAUUCUCAUUUUAUCUAACAAUCCACAAAUAAUGAUAUGGUCGUUGUAUUAAUAAUUUGUUUACAUCAACUACAUCUACGGAGGGAAAUGUAUCUAAUUGAAAGCAUGCCAAUAUUACACUUCCAAGCGAUACAUCUGAGUGAGUGCUGAUAAGUGUUGUAUCUUAAUAUUCGCGUUCGGCCCCAUACUAUGUACAUAUAUUUUCAUAGUGAUCAGACGCGGAUCGUUCACUUGGUCGUACGGGUAUAAAAAUAAAAUUCACAAUUUCAAUAAAUGUGCAUACAUAUGUCGGCGACGGUGGAUGUAUAAAUCGCAACAGUACAUAAUAGCGAAUCCGAGUUCUACCAAAAUCGCGUAUUUAGAUUCUAUUCUGUUCAGUACGUUGCCUCAGCACGAUGAGGAUGAACCCAGUCAGAAAUGUUGCCUGACCAAUAAACGGUAUACGCGCGACUUUGCCUGUUUCCCCACUAAGAAGUUUUCGGGAAUAUGGAAAAUAUCAGGAGCAUCUUGCGUUUAUAAAUGAAAGAAAAUUCCAAAAUUGGAGUCAGAUGACUUCUGGUGAUUCAAGUGAUAGCGUGUCUAUUUGUCUGGAAAAUUCGCGAAAUUCUUUCUAGAGGACUACAAACGAUAAUUCGUACAAACAACAGCAGAAAAUGUUUGAAAUAAAUCAGCACACCAGAGUGAUCUUCUGCCUAAAAAAUUGAUUAUGAAGAGAAGAAUGUCUGGUCAUCGAAGACAACAUGAAAAUGAUGAAAAGUGUAAAACUUCUUUACUAUUGUUGUUAUUAUCACCAUUGAAAUUUUUGUUUAUCAUCCGAAAUAGCAUUCGAGAUGUUUUAAGUAGCAAAGAGUGUGAUAUAAAUAAAUUUGGUGGACGUGUGGUGAUCUCGCGAAAUAAACAUAAGAAAAAUCCAAUUGAAUUGGGCUUGGAAAUUUCGAAAAUCACUCGCGAAUUGUGCGGUUUUCUGCAAUGGCACUGUUAAAUAAACUUUUUUCUUUAAAAACUCAGAAUAAGGGUUUUAGUUCGAACCAUCCGCCGUAUAAGAGUCAAUUUCCAUUCGACGAUAGUCAAGUUCGAGUGUUACUCUAUAAGGAAUGUGAUCGUGGUCGACGUCUUCUUUUUGAUUCCAGUGCAAUUGAACAAAUCACAGUAACCGAAAAGAAAAUCGACGAAAAACCAACAAGCAAUAAAAUACAUGGAACUCGUGUUAAGGAUACAAAUAGCAAUAGUCAGCAUUCCAAUGGAUUUGGUUAUAAGCACAAUCGUCCACAAUCAUCCGACAUAUCCAACAUAGGUGAAAUGGUGUUUGGCGCAUUGGCAAUGUCAUUCCGCGGUACAUCAUUAAAAGUGCAUUGGCUUCAAUCACCUUCCAGGAUGUUAUGUUCGCAGGUGUUUCUGUCGCCGGCUCAUGCUUUCGGCUUUGUUCAGCAAAACAGUAUGUCGUCUUCAUCAGCACUGAUUAGUGAGAAUUCGAUUGAAACAACAUCCAUAAGUUCGCUAUCAAUGCCGUUCUCAGUAUGCGUUAACGAUGGUGCGGGCGAAGGUAGAAUUCUAACACAUCCACUUGAUGUGCCUGGCGGAGAUCUUAGUAGUGUGGAUAACGGACGUAUAUAUUCAACUUACAGCACGGGUGAUUCAGGGUAUAGCGGAACAGAUUAUUGGACCACGUCGAAUUCAUCAUAUUGUCAGUAUUCGACGAGAAGCAGUAUAGGAUCAGUUUUUAGUGAUCAGGAUAGUUUACGGAAAUUAAGUGUUGACUCAAUGUCGCAAUUCGGUGACAUUCCAUCGAGCGAUGGAGGUUUUCAACGAAGAAUCUCUCGAAAUAUUUCGACAUCAUUCGAGAACAGAAAUUCAAAUAAUGACUUCAUUGGAUUUAUUAGUGAUCAGUACCAAACCACAACGAACGGAGGAAGUGAAGGCUGUGUAAUAAGAACUAGACGAUAUAGUGAUGUGAAUGGAACGCAUAGUAAUCCGGAGAUUAGAAGGCGGGGUGCAAGUGGUGAAGGAGCUUUGAGCGCAACAGGUCACAGUAGGCCCAACGCUAAGCGUCCCAAGCUUGGAAUGGCUGUGUGUAUUACUAUGAGUUCUCCGUUUGAAAGAGAAAUGGCUCAAUUUUGCAGUGAACAUAUUGCACUGCUGGAGUCUAUGCUAUAUAGAUUACGGGCUUCAGUCGAAGAUGCUUAUAUAAAUAAGAAGAACUUCUUACAGAUAAUGUUUAUUGCGUGGAAGGGAGCUGUACGAUGGAUCAGUGAUCUGCUGACAGCGCCUCGGCUGCCGUGCCCCGUCUGGAUGUCAUUAAGCAGUCCUGGUUAUGCGAAUUCUAAAAGCUUGACCGAAAACUUUAUGAAUGAAUUGUGUUUGCUGCUGUCACAAGCCGAUACGAAAGAUACAAAUUUUUUCAUUAGUACGAUGCUCACAGCAGUUUUAACACAUCAUCUCGGUUGGGUGUCAACCGUUGCCGCGUUCAAUGCCAAAUCUAAAUCUCAAACUACAGAAAUCAUCAACGAACAAAAGGCCCGCUUGAAUGAGAUCUCACGAAGGCAUCCUUACAAUGCCUUGUGGGCUCAACUGGGUGAUUUGUACGGAGCCGUUGGAAGCCCCCCGAAAAUUGCUCGAACUGUUGUCCAUGGCGCUGAGCAACGCCAAAUUGAAAAAGUUCUUCACGUUUUAACCUAUUUUAUUCGUUGUGGUGAAGUGCGAAGGGCGUCAAAAAGUGAAGUUUUCGAUAAAAAUGUCAUUGAAGAUGCUCUAAAUGGCAAUGCAGAGAAGAAAAACGAAGUACCAAAUGUCAAACUUGGUCUGAAAAGGACACAAACUUGCAACAAAAAUCUUAGCCAAGUUGAUAUGAGUGAGGAUCUGCCGGCAGAUAUUUCAGAAACCUUAAAAAAACACGUUAUGAACGACAUUCCCAACGUUUUGGCAUAUCGUGAUUCACGUUUUGUCAAACAAGAGCUGAGAAUCGGCAACUAUCUAAUGGACACGGGCAUCGAAAUGAAUCCCAAACAGAAAUCCGAGUUGAAAAUAUAUCAGCAUAAAGAUAAAAUUCAAAUGAUGCUAACAACACCAGAUAAUAUAGAGAUUCCAGUUGAAUCGUCAAGCGAAAGCCAAAGUAUAAUGAGUGUUUCUCCCGUGGAGGAAGGCAUUGAAAUAUCGCCUUUCCUAACCAACGCUAAUAAUGGCAAAAAAACUGCAUUGACGAAGCUUCUUGGUAAGGUUGACAUCAAAGAAGGCCUGAGUUGGAACGAUUUAGAUAACCUACAGAGGAGGGAUUCAAUUCAGGAUGAAGAUUUUUUAAAAAUUGGAGGCGACCGAAAGAAGAAAACGUCAUUUCUCAAACGAUCUGCUAGUCUGUUUGUGAAGGCGGAUAAAGUUCACUUCAUAGAAAACGAUGAAAAAUGUCAGACCAGCCUCUCAGAUUUAAUUACAGCCAACAACGUGGGUCAGAGUAACGAGCGCUUCACAUGGGGUAUCGAGCCCAUCAAGGAAACCAUUAGCCUAGAAGAAGAGCGACAUUUUGAAUUGUCUAAGCAAAAAGUUGAACGCGAACAAAAUUCUCGUUCUCCGAACAAUGUAGUGUUCGUUCUCGGUGACAAUGAGACGCUUGUGAAUAUCAGAAAGAGUACUGAUAGUCUGGUACAAAACGACGUAAUACCAUCACCAUCGAACACUACAAACACGUCGGUCCUUAAAUGCACUUGCAACCAACAUAAGAAACAUUCCGGUGUUAAAUUCAACUUCGAACAAUAUCCUCAGAUAGCUACAAACUACAUGAAAAACAAAAAUCUUGACCUUACCAACUACGACUUUGUAGAGAAAUCAUCGAAACUCGAGGGUAUUUUUAGCACAGAAGCAACAACCAGUACAUUCCCAACAAGUAAAUUCGCGACCAAAACGGAAACACAAACGACAAGCCAAGAGCAAGAAUGUGAAUAUUGUGCAAGACGAGGCGGCCGAAUGUUGCAGACACCGUCUAACGCCACCGAAUUGGAAUUUGAAACGAAUGACAAUUAUUCAACAGGAUCAAUCACAUUAUCCACAAAUCCAGAGGGUGUGAGAGACGAUCUAACAAAAACCAACGGCGUCAGCAAUGUAGGCAAAAACGAUUCAUCUGAUGGCAAAUUGAAAUCAUCCAACGAUCUAAAAAUUAUACCAGUUUUGAAUAUCGAAAAAGAGAAAAGUGAUUUAGAUUUAAUUCAAAUUCCCAUUCCCGCCACUGAAGAUGAUAGUGAAAAAGAUCCCGAGCUUCUAGUUAAAUCCGGCUUCAUUCCAUCCUUGUUUACUGGUGUCUCAGAUCAUUAUAUCUCAGAUAUGGUAUUACAAGGUACCUUGGCCACACCGGAAACAUGGGAACAUGAUCUCAAACAGGAAUUAUCCCUAUCGGCACAUUGCUCUUCGUUGAUUGCAGCGCCUACAGAGAAUGUCGCAGUAAUUGCAGAUCUGGGAAAAUGGGACGUUAGAGUAGUUACGUCGCAAACAUGUUCCCUUCCCUAUAACGGCAAUAGUGCCGUUCGGCCGGUGGGCAUGUCGCAACUGGUUUCCACGAUGCUUGAGACUGUGCAUGCAAUGCGGAAAUCUGGAGUAUCGCCGUACGAGUGUAUGUCCUACAUAGAAUCAAAGCUUCAGGAGAUGUACCUCCAAUCUGAAGCUCUAGCUGCAUUCCUUUUGGCAACUGACUUUUGUUCUAUGAACACAAUCACAUCUGCCCUUAAUCUUUCCGCCAAUGACGUUCCCCUACUGUUAUCGGUUGCAUCUAUUCACACACCUCAGGUGACAAAAAAGUACGGUAUUAGCUUUAGGUGACACUGUUGCCAAUUGGGUUAAGGAAACGAACGAUAUUUGUAAAUAAUUGUAUAUUACGGACGAUAUGUGAUUAUUUAUAAACUUAGUGUAGCUUAAGUCUAACUUAUGAUCAUUUUAGAGAUUAAAAGCUAAAUAAUAGUUUGGAAAAUACUCAGUUUCGGAUAUUUUUCAUGUGAUAUAGAAAGUCGGUCGGUAUAACUUUAGAUACAGGUUGAUCUUCACUUUCAAAUUAGCGAUUUAAACGCACAAAUAUAAUUUUGGUUAAUCAAACGUAUACGCUAAAUGUCAUGGAAAUCAAGUUUCUAAUGUUUUCUUAAUUUAUUUUGUUGCCAUAUGAAGUCUAAAAAUUCUUUCGAACGCUCUUCCUACUAAAAAUGUUAUAUGGCAAGUAGAAUAUCUGCUGAAGCUACAAAAUAGGCAAGUGAAGAUUCAACGCGGGAUAGGCUUGAUAAGAAAGAACGUUCCUUAGAUGUUAAGACUAUGUAGUACUUGUUUGAAUACAUUAUUUAUUUGUAUACGUAAAAAUAAUAAUGAGAUUCAAUUUAUACUUAGGUAUUUAUCAUGAAUAGAGUAAAAUUCGCGCUUUUAUCAUUCGAAUAUGAUACAUUUGUCGA